AUGAUUCUCCAAGGUCUGGAGAAAUUUUGCGAUCGUCGUGAUGUCUAUAAAAAGAGGUUCGCGUCCUUUCGUGGACUCGAGGAGUUGUCAGAGGAAAACAAGACAGAAUUUUUGCAGCUGCUCUGCAGUACGUUAAUGAAUCCGGUGAAUGCCAAAGAUGUAGCCGAGUGUUUUCCUCAGCUUUUGCUUAUUUUAUUGACAAUGUCGAUUAACAAGGACAAAAAGGGCACUUUCAGCGCAUCCGAUGACAAAGUGCACAAGAUCAAUUGCUGUGUCAUUGGUCAAUUGAUAUUAAUACAUCCUGACGUACUUGGUUUUGCACUACAAUAUUUCGAAAGGAAUCCUUCUCCAUUUGAAAAUCCAGAGAGUGAUACUUUUGAGCCACCCAAGCUUAAAAGGCCAAAACUCGAUGGGGUCUAUAACCGUGUGUCUGAUUAUGAAAUUGUUAUGGCAACUUUCAAUAUUUUGCAAGCUUCCACCAAUCAUUUUAAAUACAAGUGGAAGUGGUCAAAGUUUUACAAAUAUUUGUCACAUAAAGAAGAUGAUGUGAAAUGGCUUGCUUUAAAGUGCAUUGGCUUGGUGCUAGAAAUGUCAGAAAUUUUGCAGUUGAAGUGUGCAAAAACUUUGCUGAGCGAUACAGAUAAAUUUGAAUUGGAUACAAGAAGAAAUGACACAAACGUCUGCUUACAAAAAACAUCGUGUACUAAAGAGUUAAAUGACAUGGCUGAAAAUAUUUCAUCUGUCGUUUCUGUUGCUGGAGUCUUAUUACCAGUUUUAAACAAGGAAACCCGAUAUACAAAUAGUGAUUUAAUUCCUGUGCCAUCAAUGGAAGAAAACUUGCGCAGUUUGGCUCUUGGAGUGGCUUCAAGAAAAUGCAUUUGCCUGCAAGGUGCAGUUGGCUGCGGUAAAACAGCCAUCGUUGAAUACCUGGCCAAAAUAACUAAUCACUGGCCAUCCAAUUUCAUUAAAGUACAGCUUGGAGAUCAAACUGACUCAAAAAUGUUGCUGGGGACUUACAGAUGCACCGAUAUCCCUGGAGAAUUUGUGUGGCAGGCUGGUGUGCUCACACAGGCAGUAGCAAGUGGAAAGUGGCUCCUUCUGGAGGAUAUAGACAGUGCUGCACUAGACGUUGCUAGCAUUUUGAGUAAUGUCAUGGAAACUGGAACUCUGUCUGUUCCUGGAUACAAAGACACUGUUCACGUUAACAGUGGAUUUCAGCUGUUUGUCACGCAGAGAUUGAUCCCCACAAUGUCCGGCUUCCAACGUCAGUCAUCCGGAGCCAGUAGUCUGUUGGAAAAACACUGGCUGUGCAUUAACAUGGAGUCGCUGUCGAAAAAAGAAUUGAUUACAAUUGUCCAAACUCUAUUCCCAGUAUUGAAUACUUUUGCUUCUAAGAUCGUGGACGUUUUCUUGUUGUUUUCUGUAGGCAAUCAUAAUACCGAUAAUGAUGAAGACGACGAACUUGCUGUUUUAAAAACAGGAAGAUUAAUUUCCACCAGAGAUCUAAUAAAAUGGUGUCACAGAGCUGUUAACGGCUUCAACGUUUCCUCCAAAGAUUCUGCUCUUAAAUUACUUCAAGACGCCAUCGACAUAUUCUGUUGCUCUGUGCCAUUUCAAGAUCACAGAUUAGUCUUAGCAACGGAGAUCUGUAACAAACUCGGCAUCGUUAAAAUGCAAGCCGAUUAUUUUUGCCGAACAUACAAGCCCUCGAUCAGCCUCUCGGCAAAAUAUUUCACUAGCAGUCGUUGUCAACUGGAACGCAAGCAAGCCAAGCAAUUAUCUCUCGAGCGAUGCACCGCCAAAUUCUCGUUCACUCGACCAUCCGCCUGCCUGCUCGAGCGCAUCAGCUGCUGUGUAGCUCAAAACGAGCCAGUACUGCUCGUCGGCGAGACCGGCACUGGUAAAACCAGCUGCGUUCAGUACCUGGCCCGCAGCACAGGUCACAAGCUGAUCGUCAUCAACAUGAACCAGCAAAGCGAGAGCGCUGACCUGCUCGGUGGCUACAAGCCUGUCGACUUGAAGAUCCUCAUUUCUCCCAUUCGCGAGGAAUUCGAGAUCCUGUUUCGCUCAUUCUUCGCGGUCGAGCCCAACAAAAAAUUCCUGGAACACAUUGGCACUUGCUUCGCCAAAAGCAAAUGGAAGACCCUCGUCGCGCUGAUGAAUACCAGUACGGGUGCUGCUUUGAAGCGACUCAGGUCAAAGGUUUCAAGCAUCAGCGAGCCGGAAGACAAGAGCCGCGAGACUCUAAGAAAGUGGGACCAGCUGGCUGCCAAGCUGAGAAAACUGGCGGCUCAAGUGAAGAGCCAGCUCUCGUUGGCCUUCGCUUUUAUCGAAGGGAGCUUGAUUAAGGCUUUGAAAGAAGGUCACUGGGUCCUGCUCGACGAGAUCAAUCUCGCCAACGCCGAGACUCUGGAGUGCCUCUCCGGUCUACUCGAGGGCUCGUCGGGCUCCUUGUCUCUGCUGGAACGCGGCGAUCAAGAAGCCAUAGCACGCCAUCCUGAUUUCACCAUAUUCGCCUGCAUGAACCCGGCGACCGACGUUGGCAAGAAAGAACUGCCCGUCGGCUUGCGCAACCGAUUCACCGAGUUCUACGUGGACGAGCUGACCGAGCACGUGGACUUGCAACUCCUCGUCGGAUCGUACCUCGAAGAGUUGAACCUACCUGCCGCCAAACAGGAGGCCAUCGUCAAGUUCUACCUGAACGUGCGCCAAGAAGCCACGUGGACUCUGUUCGACGGUACCGCGCACAAGCCGCACUACAGUUUGAGAACGCUGUGUCGAGCCUUGAGUGUCGCCGCUGCCAAUCCUUGCGGUAACGUGCUUCGGUCGUUGUACGAGGCAUUCUGUUUGAGUUUCCUGACACAGCUGGACCACAAAUCAUACCCCAUCGUCGAGAGAAUGAUCGUCGAAGCCAUAUUGGAAAAGAAAAAUGCUCAAGCUCUGUUAAAGGCGCCGAUCAUGAAACCAAAAUGUGGACCAAACGAUGACUACAUUGCCUUUGAGGGCUACUGGGUGAUCCAAGGUAGCCUAGAACCCGAAAUCCCCAAGAACUACAUUCUAACCGAGUCUGUGAGACGCAACCUCAGAGACGUAGCGCGCGUCGUGUCGAUCGGUAAAAUGCCGAUCCUCCUGCAGGGCGACACGUCAGUCGGCAAAACGAGCCUCAUAACGUACCUAGCCCGAGCCUCGGGCCACGUUUGCGUGCGCAUCAAUAACCACGAGCAUACCGAUCUGCAGGAGUACGUCGGUAGCUACGUCGCCGAUGACUCCGGCAAGCUUGUCUUCCGUGAGGGCAUCCUGGUCGAGGCGAUGCGAAAAGGCUACUGGAUCAUCCUCGACGAGCUAAAUCUCGCACCCAGUGACGUCCUCGAAGCGCUCAACCGGGUGCUCGACGACAACAGGGAGCUCUUCAUCCCGGAAACUCAAGAGACCGUCAGAGCUCACGAGAACUUUAUGCUCUUCGCGACGCAGAACCCUCCGGGCUCGUACGGCGGCCGCAAGGUGCUGUCGCGCGCGUUCCGCAAUCGGUUCGUCGAGCUGCACUUUGACGAGAUCCCAUCCUCGGAGCUCGAGGUCAUCCUCCACGAGCGCUGCAGCCUGUCACCCUCGUACUGCAAACUCAUCAUCGCCGUCAUGCAGGACCUGCAGGUACGGAGAAAGAACACGGCCGCGUUUGCCGGUAAGCAGGGUUUCAUCACGCUGCGCGAUCUGUUCCGAUGGGGCGAGAGGUACCGGCUUGCGCCGGAUCCGAGAAACAGGCUGUACGACUGGCAACAGCACUUGGCGGACGAGGGCUACCUCGUCUUGGCUGCCAAAGUGCGGAGGCCCGAGGAGGCUGAGGAAAUUAGACAAGUAAUAAAGACACACUUGAAGCGUGACGUGAAUCCGGACAACUUGUUCACGCUCAACGACAACACCUCGCCAGUGACCAAACCAAUCCUGGAAGCGAUAUCUCGUCAAGAUUCCUCGGCCUUUGGUCACGUUGUUUGGACCUAUCACAUGCGCCGAAUGGCCGUGCUCGUCAGAAAGUCUUACCAGUUCAAGGAGCCAGUUCUGCUAGUCGGCGAGACUGGUGGUGGGAAAACGACCAUCUGCCAGUUGAUCUCGCACAUGAACAACAAGAAACUCUUUGCUGUUAAUUGCCACAUGCACACCGAAUCGUCCGACUUUUUGGGCAACUUGCGACCGGUGAGAAGUCGCGAUAGCAACGACAAUGAGACUCAAAAGCUGUUCGAGUGGGUGGACGGUCCCUUGAUCAAGGCCAUGAUGGAGGGCGAUUUUUUCUUGGCCGACGAAAUUUCGUUAGCCGAUGACAGUGUACUCGAGAGACUAAACUCCUUGCUGGAACCUGAACGUAGCCUCCUGCUUGCGGAAAAGGGAAUCGACGACGUGGAUGAUUUCAAGGGCACCGGCAACACGAUCAUCGCCCACGACGACUUUUUCUUCAUCGGUACGAUGAAUCCAGGCGGUGACUACGGCAAGAAGGAACUGUCACCCGCUCUGAGAAAUCGUUUUACCGAGAUCUGGUGCGAUGGGUGUACCGAACGAGCCGAUCUACGGGCCAUCAUCGAGCACAACCUCGCCAAGCAGGUAAAAAACAAAAAGACCGAUUUGGCCGAGUGCAUUUUAAAUUUCGUCGAGUGGCUCGCGCAGUCGGACGUUGGCAAGAGAUUCACUGUCAGCAUUCGGGACAUACUCAGCUGGGUGAACUUCAUCAACGUGUGCACCGAUAGAAAAAAGGUAUUUAACCUGAAUCUUUGCGACGCCUACUACCACGGGGCUUCUCUUACGUACAUCGACAGCUUAGGAUCUGGCCUGACUAGCAUGGAAAGUGCCGAAAAACUGAAACUCUUUAAGGAGAACGCCUUUGAGUUUCUGCAAACCCAAGUGCAAAUCCUCAAUCCGACUUCUACCGAGGAUACCAUGGAUUUAGAUCUAGAAUUGCCCCAGUCUUUGGACGCGAUGUACGGCAUAGCGCCGUUUUACAUCGACAGAGGCUCGGUAGCCGUCGACGACAGUGUACCCUUUACGUUCCACGCUCCCACAACCAAAGACAACAGUUUGAAACUGUUGCGGGCUUUGCAACUGCGCAAACCCAUCUUGCUGGAGGGUAGUCCAGGUGUGGGAAAAACGAGUCUCGUCUCGGCCUUGGCUAGAGCAGCUGGCUACACUUGCUUGAGAAUAAAUCUUAGCGACCAAACUGACAUUUCGGAUUUGUUUGGAGCCGAUCUACCGGUCGAAGGUGGCAAAGGUGGCGAGUUCGCCUGGAGGGACGGUCCUUUCUUGCGAGCUCUGAAAGCCGGACACUGGAUACUUCUCGACGAAUUGAAUUUAGCCUCGCAGUCCGUGCUGGAGGGUCUUAACGCGUGCUUUGACCAUCGAGGCGAGGUCUAUAUUCCAGAGUUGGGAAAAACCUUCACUGUAAAGUCGGAAACCAAGCUUUUUGCCUGUCAAAAUCCACUAAGACAAGGCGGGGCUCGACGAGGAUUGCCGAAAUCAUUUCUCAACAGAUUCACCCAAGUUUACGUGGACGCGCUAACGGACGCCGAUUUGGAAUUCAUAGCCGCCUCUCAGUACCCCGACAUAGAUAAAGAACUUAUCAACAUUAUGAUAAAAUUCAACUCGAAGCUGGCCAAAGAGGCUGGAGUUUCUUGGGGCUUCUCGGGGGCUCCGUGGGAGAUGAAUCUCCGUGACGUGAGCCGAUGGUGCGAGGCUAUGAUUGCAAUUGCCGAAACUGAUCAGACUGGCAAAAAAGUUUACAACCCCGGAAAUGCGGUCGAACUGAUUUACGUUGACAGAAUGAGAUCCAAGGAUGAUAAGGAUAAGGUAAAAGAAAUGUACAAAGAAGUAUUCUCUGAAGAGAAGUAUCCACUGUUGCCCUCAGCCACGGUAAACGUCACUGAUACAAACGUUUACUUUGGCGAUGUGGCUUUGGAAAGGACCGUCACUUUGACAUAUAGUGAUCCGAAUCUGCUACUAUUACGCGACCAAAUGCCAGCUCUUCGAAGUGUCGCUCAGUGCGUCAAGAUGAAUUGGAUGUCGAUUCUGGUGGGCGGAUCUGGAAGCGGAAAGAGUAGUGUAGUGCGCGUUCUCUCUCAAAUCACGGGCCAGAAAUUAAAAUCGAUUGCUGUGCAUUCGGCGAUGGACACCACAGAAAUCUUGGGCGGCUUUGAACAGACCGACUACAACCGACACCUCGAACAGCUGAUCGAUAAAACGGAAGGCCUACUAACUAGCUGCAUAAGGACGAGAGUGAGCAAAAAAAACAUUGGCCAAAUAGCCAAGUACGAGGUCCUAGUCGAGCAAGUGCGCGAACUUUCACAUGAUGAAUACGAAUCGGUCACAAUGGCCGCGGCCACCGAAUUGUUUCUCGAAAAGAUCGAGCGAUUGGCGAGAUUGCUGGGUGAAAUGAAAAAUUUCAAAAGUUCAAUUAUUACCGAGCUCGAGAAACUUGAAGAUGACUUGGGCAAACUAAAAGAGUCCGUCGAGCAAGAGAAGUGUCUGAACGCGGGCGGUAAAUUUGAAUGGGUCGACAGCGUCCUCGUCAAGUGUUUGCAAGAGGGGACGUGGCUGGUUAUAGAUCAAGUGAACUUAUGUAGCCCUGCAGUAUUGGACAGAUUAAAUGGACUGUUGGAGCCCAACGGUGUGCUAAGUAUCGGCGAACGGGGUGUCGAUCCUGAGGGCAAUGUCGUCACUGUCAAGCCACACAAAAACUUCCGGCUCUUUUUGACGAUGGAUCCCAAGUACGGGGAAAUUUCAAGAGCAAUGCGCAACCGAGGCGUGGAGAUCUACAUGCUCGGUCAGAGCGAGAGCCCGGAGACCGGCAAACUGGACUACCGAUCGCUCCUGCACAACACCGGCCUCACCAAGCGCAAACACCAAGAGGCCCUGAUGACGGUGCACCGUCGCAUGUGCGAGGACGCCUCGAACUUUGACAACCUCAGCUCCGUCCACCUCCUCCGUGGCGCCUUCCUCGUUGCCCAACAACUGUCCCGUGGUUUCCCAGCCGUGCGCUCCUUCGAGACGGCCUGCACCGACGUCUACCUGAAAUCCCGUUCGCUCAGCCAUCGGGAGACCAAACACCGGCUCGCUGGCGUGAUCGAGGAGACGAUACGCGAAUACGAGGUCGAUGAAGACGGCAGCGACGAUUACGUCCUUGACUUGGAUGCCGUGACCUGCGGGCUCAGGAACCUCACGGACAACGCGAGACUGGCCCAGCUCAGGCAGCAGAGCACGCUCCUCGACUGGUGCGUCCGAGGCUUCUACGCCAGCAACGGGAUCUCCUUCGGCACGGACUUUGUCAACGAGUUCUUUUCCGAGAGCAGCGAUGGAUCGUUCCCCAGCGUCGAGGUGCUCGAGCUCCUGCCUCACGUUCUGCUGGGUCUCUACGAGCACUCGACUCUUCGGGACGCGGGGAUGCGAGAGCGCUGGGUGGCGGGUGUCCUCGGGGCCGACUCGAGGCUCGGGUCCCUGCUCAAGAAGAACGGGACGCUGGCUCGGGCGGUGAUGUCGUUCGACCUCGUCGACUGCGACGCCGAGCUGCCCUGGGACAGGAGGGCCUUUGAGAAUGCCAACACCUUGGCUCUGCUGCUGUACUACGAGACCCUCGUCGUGGACAGGGAGGAGCCCGACUGGAGGAUCAGUAACGAUGACAAGGCUAUCAGUGUGGCCAAGUUCUCGGAGGCUUGUCGCCAAGGAAAGAUGGCGAUAAACUUGAAAGACCAGCCUUUGGUAACGGAGUACGUUACGAUACUACGGCAAACGAAAAAGUACUUGGACAACAUGUUGAGAAAGAACGUGAUAAUAAUCCACAAUCCAAGGUACGUCCAGCUUAGACACAGUCUUAAAUGGUUCGGCAGAUUCUGCGAGGUAGGCAAGAUGAUUUUGCUGAACAAGUCGGACAGCUCCAAGAACGCGCUCGGCAACCUGGACGAGGUCGCACUGGUACUGAGGGUGCACUACAAGUGGCUCAAAAAGUUUAUAAAACUCUUCGAUGAGAGCUGCGACGUCUUCGAAAUGGACGACGGCCUCGAGAGAGACUGCAGCGCUCUGAAGAGCAUCAUGAACCAGAUCGACAGCAGUUUGACCUCGACGUACGACCCGUUCGCGAAAAUCGGCAAAGUUUACAAGAAGCACAUCGACUCGGCCCUCCCCUGCUCGUCGGACUUAGUUCUGAGGGUCAGCUCACAGCUUCGGAGUCUCACCGAUUCGUUCUCGCCCACGACAAACAGAUACAUCACCGCUGAUCUGAUCAACGAGCCGAAAUUCGUGACCUUCCAAGCAGAGGAGGUUCUGAGUAGUCGUGCUCGGCUGAUUUCCCUGUGGCACAGCGUGUACGCCAACGAGCUGCUCGACGAGGACAUUUUCGACACUUUAGAAAGUAUAGGCAAGCUCUGCCAGAACCGGCUGAACGUCACCGAAGACUCAAGGUUGGAAACGAAAAUGCCUUCGUCCAAGGAGCUUGCUAAGAUGACGGGAAAAGUGCAGCUUUGGCCGCUUCACGAGCACAUGUUCACCGUAUUUGUCGAGAUGCUUCGAAGAAGUCUCUGCGAGAGUGUCAUCGCCGAGACCGAGCCGGAUUCUUUGCCGUCGAUCCACCUGUCCACCCGACACUGGAGCAUUCCGAACAUCCCUGUUGAGCUGCUCGCUGUGCUGAGUGCCAUCUCCGCGAAGCAGAUCAGCCCGGUGGAGAGGAACCGCCUGAUACUCUUGCUCUUCGUCUGGUCCACCAAGUUUGCCGAGGACUCCUACGCGCUUAAAAACUUCAAGCAGGUGUCCCGUUGGAGCCUCGUUGGCCCGGAAAAUAAGGACAGCAAGGCCCUCCAGGUUUCCGAGCCAUCCGACCGAGCAAACGUCGCUAGCGGGCCAGUCCUUGUCAGCCUCGUCUCCGAGCUGCUGCUCAACACCGGCCGGUCGAGCACCGAAAGAUCCGGCGUGACGCUCGGUAGCUACUCUGCCCGUCUGGACCAGCUCAGGACGCUCAACGACAUCCUCUGGAAGAACAGUGUGGCUCUGAGCUCCCCGGACUUCGACCGAUCGUCAAACGACCUGCGAGCCCUGACUUCGCUGCUGAAGAGCUUCCUGUGCGCCUGCGAGAAGGUCGAGGCCGACGAGUGCGUGAAGAACGCCCUGGGCAGCGACCGACUGACCGCCAGUGUCCGUGCGACUGUCGCGAGUGAGUACUUAAACCCGCUGCGCGAGCUACGCGGCGUUUCAGAGCUCCUCGAGUCGGACCCGAGUCUCGCGAACCGAGGCAGGGCUUGGGUACUUCUGGGCUACCUCCAAGCCUUCGUGUUCGGCAACGUCAGCUACAUCGACCCCGUGUACAAGGUCGCGGUUAAGCUGCGCUACCUCGAGCAGGACAUACUCGACUCCGAGCGGACGAUUUACGUCGCCAGACUGUACUCGAGGAUGCUCGGCGUAAUGGAUGAGGGUGUGCUGCAUCCGAGGCACACCGCUAUCGAGGCCGGCUUGAAAGAGCUGCUCGAGCGGAAGAGCGAGUUACAGAAAUUAAAGGCCGUGAGGCCGGCUAACGCCGAAUUUAUCACUCUGUCCAAGGAGCUCUCGAACUUCAGGGCGGCCCUCGGUUCAUACGCGAUCGUCGGCAAGCAUCUGCGACAGCUAAUCGACGCGAUCUCGGGUUCCAGCUGCGAGGAUCUCGAGAGCGCGAAACUGGCUGGGCGUGAAGCUGAAAUCUGGCUCGAGUCGCUGCGCAGCUUCAUGAAUCAGCUCGAGAAUAGGUUCCUGCACGGCUACCCGGACAUCGUCCUUCCGAUCCUCACCGGGCUGGCCCAAAUGCGUCAUGGCGUUCGUGCGCUCGUCGACGAGAACAGCCGACUCGUAGCUAUCGCCGAAACUGGCAACGCUGAACGACUGGGCCACCUCGUGCGCGACCUCGUUCGUUUCCCCAGUCUUGGACCCGGACAGGACAGCCUCCUGCGUUUAGCGAGCUCGUGCUGUUCGCGUACCAGCCGUGAGCUCUUAAGUGCCUGCGUCAAAAUCGACGGCGCGUUCGUCGUCCUGCAAGAGCAGUUCCGGCUGACCAUAGCUGGUCUCUACGAGUUCUACAACUACGUUGCCCUCAGAGGUAGCCUGACCAAGGAUCUGUGGUCCGAGUUGAACGCCCUCUUGCAGCAGGUGCUCCUCAUCUGGAGGCAGCAGCAGAAAGAGCUGGAGAAGCGUGAGUUGGAGAAGGAUAGCUUGUACAAGAGCAGAGUCAAGGUGCACGAGGACCUCACCGAGGAGGAAGAAAUCGCGAGGGAGCUGAAGAGCUUGUUCCCCACGCAGCGUGAGCAAGAUUUCGCGGACAUCGACACCGCCGUGAUGCCGAGUUUGGAAAAGAAGUUGGUGGACGAAGGCGCGACCGAGGACUACGUCUCGCUGAUCACCGAGCACGACGUCCAAGAGGUUCAGACGAUCCACUCAAGCAUCGUAAAGUCCUUCACGUCAUCCGAAUGGCUCAGCAAAGCAGCCAGCGCGACGCGACCGGAUUUCAUCGAGCCGCUGCUUCAGCGUUACAACGCGUUUGGCCUUCUGUUGGACAAUUUCGCGCCAGUCCUCGGCAGCGAGUUGGCUGUUCAACUCCAUCCUAGUCUCAACGUCUUUACCCAACUGGUCCUCUGUCUUGGUAAGGGUGAGGCCCUGAACCCAGAAAGCUGGCUAAGCACCAAUAAAAAAACCAGCAAGCCCUACGACUACUACCGCGACAGCAACGUCGAGCAGGUGCGCCAGUGUGCCCCACUUCUCGAUCAAAUCUCGAACCGCGUCAGCGAACUGCUGAACGAGUGGCCCGAGCACCCAGCUCUCACUUCCAUAUCCAUCAUAUUGCACAGGAUCAACUCUUUCCCCGUGACCUCGGCUCUUUCGAGAUUCCUCACCGGUCUCGAGCUUCUGCUCGUUAAAAUGCGCGAAUGGGAGGAGACGGCGCACAGCGGGGUAUCAUUGCAGGAGCUCAGUCUCAGUUUGACCCACCAGAUCAUCGCCUGGCGGCAAUUGGAGCUCGCGUGUUGGAAGGAUUGCUUGACCACGGCCAAGAUACGGCUUGCCGCCCAGGCGUCCAAGUGGUGGUUCUUCUUGUACGAUCUCUUUGAGAGCUUCGUCGUGAAACAAGACUCGACUGACAAGGUUGGCUCCGAAGAGAUUCUAACAGCAAAGAAGCUAAUUGAGUCGCUGGAAAAGUUCAUGAGCGAAUCGUCCCUUGUCGAGUUCGAGCCUCGGGUGCAGUUGCUGCUGACAUUCCACUGUCACACGUACUAUUUGGAACCAAGCGUAUCAAGGGACGAGCUGCUCGCCAUCUCUUGGAACAUCUUCAAGUACUACAGUCAAUUCCUGCCCCUCGUCAGCAAUCAAAUGAGCUCGAUCAAAACACCCAUUGAAAAGAAAUUGAAAGAUUUCGUGAAAAUCGCUCGCUGGAACGACAUAAACUACUGGGCUGUGAAAGAGACGGUAGAAAAAACUCAUCGCACGCUUCACAAGUUCAUCAAAGAAUACGAAAAUGGUCUAAAAGAACCGGUCACGCCUUUCUUGGUCGUCAAACCAAACUACAAAACCACCCAGGGCAUCUGGGAUCGUCCAAGCACCGAGCACAGCACAACCGUCAAUCUCAAUGAUUUUAUAAGCCUUUUACCCACAACCGAGCCCGACAGCAGUGCUCCCUCCUCGAACAAGAGCGACGUGAUCUCACGAGUAGACAGCCAUUACUUCACGCGUGCCAAGAAACUCUGUAGAGACAUCAUCUCGUGCUCAAAGUACCCAGACCUCCGUGUCAGCCUCGAGGAGUUUAUCGAAGAGUACGUCGACUACAGCGAGCGGUUGCGCACCCAGGAGAUCAAUCGCACGUUACCAAAGCCCAAGCAAAAGUCUCAGGCAAAGGCUAUCCUCACGCGCAAACGUACCGCACUGGCCGAUUACUUUAAAACCUUGACAAACUACGGUGUGUCCCAACGCGUGGGUAGUCUCGCGUGGAAGAACAAGGUCGAGGACGUGCUGGACUUUACGAUCGCACCCAUCGAAGUUACAGCUGCUUUGAGUUCAGCGAGCUUUGGCGCUGUCGAUAAGAAAGUGCUCGAGCAGUGGGAAGGCUGUGAAAGAUACUACUACAAUUCACUGAUUAAAUUGAAUGCCCUGAAUCGUACACUCCUCUCGUCAAAGACCGAUCUUGGUAUACAAAACAUCGAGUCAUGCCGAGGCUUCUCCACCCAUCUCAUGCUGAUGGCCAACAGCCAGAAGAAAACUCUUGCCUCUGUCCUUAAGUACUUUGCGGGAUUGCGAUCUCACGUUUUUAACUUAUCAAACGUUGAGGUUGAAGACCUUGUUAUUACGAAACAAAACGAUCUCUCGGUCAGCGUCAACAGCUUGAAAGAACUACUGGUCACCGUUCAAACUUGUCUCGAGCAGUUUUUGAUCUACUUGCAAGCUUGUCCGACGGAAAUACAGUUGGAGGGCGAAGACGACAGCUACAGCCUGGCUAGUAAUAAUCUGCCGAUCGUCAACUGUAAGAAAGGCGAUGCAGACUGGACUAAAGCGAACGAACAGAUCAAGCGUUGUUUAGCUGCUGUAGUGGAUGUUUCGAAAAAGUUUGUUGAUACAUUCCCCGAUUCGUAUGCUAUUCACAGUGAACAUUACGAAAACGAAUCUCAAAUUUCGAUUAUUACGUCGAAGCACUUUAGCUUUAUGAAGUCGAGCUUCAACUCGUUGAAGACCGUCAAAGAUACGAUCAAUGACUUUGCAGCUAGUUUCAAAGUAUCGUACCAAGAGAAACACCCGUUACUGGAUAAUAUUGUAUUCCUUGAAUCAAGUAUCAGCAGAAAAUUGAAGGAGUUUGAUGAAAUAACUGCUUCUCUUGAACAGCAGUCGAUGACUGAUGUUCCUAGUCAUGAGGAUGAUUCGAUGGAGGAGUAUGAAAAAGAAAUAGAAAAGUUAGUGAACAACGUCUUGAUUGUCAUUCAAAAUAAGUACAAAAAGAAACCAGUUAAAAAACAAGUAAAAGCAAAUCAGAAUGAAAAUGAAGAAGAGGACGAAGAGGAAGAUGUGCCAAACAAAUUGCGGGAACGACUAGUCGAAUCCAUCGAGGUGGACGUGAAAUCACUCCAAGUGAAAGAAGUUUAUCUGAACCUGAACAACUUGUUAAAAGCCAUUCGUAAUGCUGACCCAGCAAUUGCUGUAAAUUACAGCAGACUUUUAAAAAAAUGUUUGCCACUCCUACAGCAGUACCUUCUGCUUGCCCAGUACUUCCUAAGUGAACAAGUCGCCUCCUUGCGAAUAACGUGCAAGAUCCUGCACAAACAACUAAACGUAUUCCUUGAUCUGGCAGCCAAUGGUUUCUGUAUGCCGAAAGAUCUUGACCUCGAGGAAGGCGACGAUGGAGAACAAAGUGAGCAAAAGGGUGGUAUGGGUCUGGGAGACGGUGAAGGCGAGAAAGACGUAUCGGAGACUAUUGAGACAGAGGAUCAACUGGAAGAUGCCAAGCCGGCUGGCCAGGAGAAAGAGAAGCCGGACGAUAAGGAGAUGCCCGAGGAAGAGAAGGGAAUCGAGAUGUCCGAAGACUUUGAAGGACAGCUGCAGGAUGUCGAGAAGAAGGAGGACGACGAGGAGGAUAAUAAGGAAGAGGAAGACGAGGACAUCGACAAGCAAAUGGGUGAGACGGAAGACGGGGCCGAUAAACUCGACGAGCAGAUCUGGGGCGAUGACGAAGAAGAGCCGCAAAGCGAGGAGACCAACAAGAACGAGGAUGAAGUUGGAGACGGUGAAAAGACGGGUGAGAAAGAAUUUGGGGCUAAGGAUGAGCGUGGGCAGAACGAGGAUUCUAAAGACAAGGGCGACAACGACCAAGAUGAGACCGAAAGAGAACAGCAGAAGGAGAUCAACGAGAUGGAGGAGCCGCAGUACGACGAUGACCAGGUGAAUCCCUAUCACGGCAAGCACCAACCGGAACCCGAGCCGGAGCCUCUCGACCUUCCAGAUAACGCGGAUAUGAACGACGAGGACGAGGAUAUGAAAGACGAGGAGCAACAAAACGAGGAGAACCCGUUCGACAUUGAUAAAAUGAAGGAGGCCAUGCCGCCACCCGAAGAGGAGGUGAAAGAACCCGAAAAUCUCGACGAAGAGAUGAAAGACGAGGCUGAGAACAAGAAUGCUGACUCGAGCGACGACGAGGGAGAUUCUGAGAAGCCUGGCGAGCGCACAGACAAGGAGGAUGUUGCAAAUGAAGAAGAAGAAGCUGACAAGGAGACAGACAAGCAAGGACCAGAGGCAGCCAAAGAAAAUCAAGGCGAAGACGAGGAAGGAAAGAAAGAAGAAGAGCCAGAAAGCCAAGCCGUGCCUAGUAUGGACGAGUCGGCCAUGGAGACAGAUGCUGCGGACCAAGUCGACCAGAGAGAAGGUGGCUCUCGCGAUCAGGUCGCCAAUCAAGCUGAGACAAAACUGGACGAGCCCGAUGACGAGUCAAAAGCCGAGAAUUGGCAGGAGGAGCAAAAGGACAAGGGCACGGGUCAAUCGCACGCUGAACAACACGAUGCUGGACACUCUGGUGCUUCAGAGGAAAAGAGCGAUCCGACAGCCAAUCGGGACGUGGAAAUGGAACGGGACAAGAAGCGCCAGCAUCCAGGCAAGAGCGACGAGGAUCACAAGCUCGCUGAAAAGAUAGAGCCCGAUAAAAAGAAGGUCAAGACGAUGAUAUACUCGCAGGACGAGACGGGGGGCAAUGAGGAUGACAAAGAAGAAGGUGCAGAGCCAGAGGACAAGGGCGAUCCGGACCUUUGCCAGCACGUGAAGGAAAAGGAAAAGUUCGAUCAUUAUGCAGUGGAUGCCGCCACCGAGGAGCAGUCCAAGGAGCAAGCCUCGAACAUGGAGAAAGAGGAGACUCCGAAGGAUGAAGAGCAACCGGGUGACAUAGAUAUGCACGAAGACGAGGAGAUCGCAAUCGACGAGACUGUCGUUAAACCGCAAAAGCCGGAAAGCUUGGACGAGGAAACGUCUAAGGACAAAAAGGAUUCGAAGGAGAGAGAAAAUGAUCAGCUCGAAAACGCUACUACGGUCGAGGGCGAGGACGUGAAGACCGCAAACGUCCCUCGCGGGGGUGACUCCGUUUUCGUUACUAAUUUAACCGAGCUCGAGGUCGAGGCUCUGUCGAGCAAGCAGAUCGAGCAGCGUCGCCUGGAGGUCGAGAUGAUGCUUAGCCAGUGGCAGCAAGUGCCCACGACCGAAGAGGCAGUCGAAGCCUGGAACACCCUGAGCUCAGUGACGGACGCAGCGGCACGCGACCUGUCGGAAAAAUUACGUCUGGUCCUCGAGCCGACCCAAGCCUCCAGACUAAAGGGCGACUAUCGCACGGGACGCAGGAUCAACAUGCGGAAGAUCAUUCCGUACAUAGCCAGCCAGUUCAGAAAGGACAAGAUCUGGAUGCGAAGAACCAAGCCCUCCAAGAGAGACUAUCAGAUUAUCUUGGCAAUCGAUGACUCGAGCAGUAUGGCUGAUAAUCAUUCCAAAGAAUUGGCCUUUGAAUCGUUGUCUCUGAUAAGUAAGGCCAUGACUUACUUGGAGGCUGGGCAGUUAGGUGUUGUUAGCUUUGGAGAGAAGACCAGCAUAUUGCACCCUCUGGGAGAAACUUUCAGCGAGCGCAGUGGCUCACGGUUGAUGCAAGAAAUGAGAUUUGAACAGAAACGAACGAUGGUUCACCAGUUGGUGGACUUUACUGUGGACAUGUUCCAGAGUCUCAAUAGCUCAUCCGAUAAUGCUAAACUACUUAUUAUUCUGUCAGACGGUAGGGGCGUUGAUUCUGAAGGCAUGCAGAAAGUCAAUCGUGCCGUCCGUAGAGCUCGUUUAGCUGAUAUUUUCUUAGUUUUCAUAAUAGUAGACAAUCCACUGAGCAAAAGUUCCAUACUAGACAUCAAGAGACCGAUCUUUCAAGAUGGCAAAGUAGCUGGUAUGAGUUUGUAUAUGGACGAUUUUCCAUUUCCAUUUUACAUGAUUCUUCGAGACAUCAAUACACUUCCUGGUGUUUUGAGUGACGCUCUCAGACAAUGGUUUGAAGUAGUAGGAAAAAUUGAUUCCUAA